CUCCUCGAUACGCUGCUUGUCCAUCGCCCAACGUCCCCCGAUCAUCGCGUUUUUCAUCGCGAUAUCAUCCUACGAGCUGGAGAAUCGCCAAUACCGACCGUGACCUUCCUUUUUUUCGCCCUUUUUGAAGCUUCGCGAAGUCGGUGGACAGGGUCGCAGGCGCCCUCGUGGCAAGGGCUGCCAGAGGCCUCAUCUGGCCCUCUGCUCGCAAAUUCUUCCUCUUCUCGCUUGUUCAUACUUGAGAAUUAACGGAUUAUACCUUCAGAAGUCGUUUUCUGUAGGCUUGGGACCCGUCCUUAUUUCACCUUCGUCACCCGUUUCGUCCCCUGAUUUUACGCCUUUGCGCGACACCAUUCACCAUGUCGAACGUCUACUUUCCGUACUCUAAGGCGCCUCUGCGCACCAUUAAAGAGAUCCAGUUUGGUCUUUUCUCUCCUGAGGAAAUCAAGCGGAUGAGUGUGGUACACGUUGAAUAUCCAGAGACGAUGGAUGAUCAGAGGCAGCGCCCACGAACCAAGGGCCUUAAUGACCCGCGUUUAGGAACUAUUGACCGACAGUGGAACUGUGAAACCUGUGAGGAAGGCCAGAAGGAAUGUCCUGGACAUUUCGGACAUAUUGAGCUCGCCACCCCGGUUUUCCACAUUGGUUUCUUGACCAAAAUCAAGAAAUUGCUUGAGACGGUCUGCCACAACUGUGGAAAGAUCAAAGCCAACACGUCCGAUUCAAAGUUCUUGGAAGCCCUGCGUAUCAGGGAUCCCAAAAGACGCUUCGAUCAUAUCUGGCGACUGUCGAAGGAUGUGCUGAUUUGCGAAGCCGACCCCCCUCCGGACGACGACGAUCCGUUUGGAAAGGAAAGCUCUAAGCCUUUGAGGAUGCAUGGCGGAUGUGGUAAUGCCCAGCCCACGAUUCGAAAGGAAGGUAUAACGCUAGUUGGAACUUGGAAGCCGACGAAGAGCAUGAUGGACGAGAUGGAUAUGCAACAACCUGAGAAGAAAGUCAUUAGUCCCCAGGUGGCACUGAAUGUCUUCCGCAGCAUCUCUCAUGAGGACGUUCGCAUUAUGGGACUGAGCAAUGACUACGCCCGCCCUGAGUGGAUGGUCAUUACUGUGUUGCCUGUCCCUCCCCCCCCAGUUCGUCCCAGUGUUCUUGUGGGUGGUAGCACUAGUGGUCAGCGUGGUGAGGACGAUUUGACAUAUAAAUUGGCUGAAAUCGUCCGAGCAAACCAGAACGUCCAGCGCUGCGAGCAAGAAGGUGCACCAGAACACGUUGUGCGCGAGUUCGAGUCCCUGUUGCAGUACCACAUUGCCACCUACAUGGAUAACGACAUCGCUGGCCAGCCGAAGGCUAUGCAGAAAUCUAACCGACCUGUUAAGGCUAUUCGCAGCCGUCUGAAGGGCAAGGAAGGCCGUCUUCGACAGAACUUGAUGGGAAAACGUGUCGAUUUCUCCGCGCGUACCGUUAUCACCGGUGACCCGAACUUGUCACUUGACGAAGUCGGUGUGCCGAGGAGUAUCGCUAGGACUUUGACAUAUCCUGAGGUUGUCACUCCAUACAACAUCGAAAAGUUGCAACAACUUGUUAUGAAUGGUCCCAAUGAGCAUCCUGGAGCACGAUACAUCGUUCGAGACAAUGGUGAGCGAAUUGAUCUUCGCCAUGCCAGGAGAGCCGGAGGCCAACAGCUGUUGUACGGCUGGAAGGUCGAACGCCAUCUUAUGGAUGGAGACGUGAUUCUGUUCAAUCGACAGCCUUCGCUGCACAAGGAAUCCAUGAUGGCUCACCGUGUCCGCGUGAUGCCCUACUCUACCUUUAGGCUGAACUUGUCCGUUACUACCCCGUACAACGCUGAUUUCGAUGGUGAUGAAAUGAACUUGCAUGUCCCCCAAAGCGAAGAGUCUCGUGCUGAACUCGGCCAACUUGCUCUGGUUCCCAUGAACAUUGUGUCUCCUCAGCGAAACGGACCACUCAUGGGUAUUGUGCAAGAUACUCUUUGUGGCAUCUAUAAGAUUUGUCGACGUGAUGUGUUUUUGACCAAGGAACAGGUCAUGAACAUCAUGAUGUGGGUUCCCGAUUGGGAUGGAGUUAUUCCUGCCCCUGCUAUCCUGAAGCCUCGACCCAGAUGGACAGGAAAGCAGAUGAUCAGCAUGGCACUACCAUCUGGUCUCAAUCUUCUGCGCGUUGAAAAGGACGGAUCUCCUCUUUCAGAGAAGUUCUCUCCUCUGAACGAUGGUGGCCUCCUCGUUCAUGGCGGACAGCUAUUGUACGGAAUGUUUUCUAAAAAGACCGUUGGUGCGACCGGAGGCGGUGUUAUUCAUACCAUCUUCAACGAGUACGGACCCUGGACAGCAGUGGCUUUCUUCAAUGGUGCUCAAACCAUUGUUAACUACUGGUUGCUUCACAAUGGGUUCAGUAUUGGUAUUGGCGACACUAUUCCUGACGAGGUCACUAUCCAAAGGAUUGAGAACUGUGUGCGUGUCAGGAAACAGGAGGUCGAAGCGAUCACUGCCAGUGCCACCGAGAACACUCUGGAGCCUCUCCCUGGUAUGAAUGUUCGAGAAACAUUCGAGAGCAAGGUCUCUCGUGCUCUUAACAAUGCUCGUGAUGAAGCUGGUAGCGAGACUGAGAAGAGCUUAAAAGACUUGAACAAUGCCAUUCAGAUGGCCCGUUCUGGAUCCAAGGGUUCAACUAUUAAUAUUUCGCAGAUGACUGCUGUCGUUGGACAGCAGUCGGUGGAGGGUAAACGUAUUCCUUUUGGUUUCAAGUAUCGUACCUUGCCGCACUUUACAAAGGACGACUAUUCCCCAGAAUCCAGGGGCUUUGUUGAGAACUCUUACCUUCGUGGUCUAACUCCGACGGAGUUCUUCUUCCACGCUAUGGCUGGUCGAGAAGGUCUGAUUGAUACAGCUGUCAAGACUGCGGAAACCGGUUACAUUCAGCGAAAGUUGGUCAAGGCACUUGAAGAAGUUAUGGUCAAGUAUGAUGGUACUGUCCGCAACUCCCUGGGCGAUAUUAUUCAGUUCAUUUACGGAGAAGAUGGUCUCGAUGGUGCUCAUAUUGAAAACCAGCGUGUUGAUAUCAUUAAAUGCUCCGAUGACAAGUUCAGGGACCGUUUCCGCAUUGAUCUCAUGGACCCUGAGCGGAGCUUAGGCCCUGACAUUUUGGAACAGGCCAAUGAGAUUGCAGGUGACGUUGAAGUCCAGAGAUAUUUGGAUGAAGAGUGGGAACGACUACUGAAGGACAGGGCGUUCCUUCGAAGUGUGGUGAAGGAGGAUGAGGAGAUGAUGCAGCUUCCAAUUAACGUGCAAAGAAUUCUGGAAACAGCCAGGACAACAUUCAGAAUCCGUGAAGGAACCAUCAGCGAUUUGCAUCCUGCUGAAGUUAUCCCUCAGGUGCAAUCCCUCCUUGACAGGCUGCUGGUUGUGCGUGGUGAUGAUGUUAUUUCACGGGAGGCGCAGGAGAACGCGACGCUUUUGUUCAAGGCCCAGCUUCGAAGUCGUCUUGCAUUCCGAAGACUGGUUACCGAAUACUCGAUGAACAAACUCGCGUUCCAGCACGUUCUGGGCGCUAUUGAGAUGCGGUUUGCCAAGGCUGGUGCGAACCCUGGUGAGAUGGUUGGUGUUCUUGCCGCCCAGUCCAUUGGUGAGCCCGCUACUCAGAUGACGCUGAACACUUUCCACUUUGCUGGUGUCUCCUCAAAGAACGUUACCCUUGGUGUCCCUCGUCUGAAGGAAAUUCUCAAUGUUGCUACCAACAUCAAGACCCCGUCCAUGACUGUCUACCAGGAACCCGCCAGAACAUUUGACAAGGAGGGUGCCAAGCAGCUGCGAAGUGCUGUCGAGCAUACUAGCUUGCGGUCUGUUACGGAGGCAACUGAGAUCUACUAUGAUCCCGAUAUCCAGACCACCGUGAUUGAGAACGAUCGAGACAUGGUGGAGUCUUACUUCAUUAUUCCCGAGGAUGUCACCGAUGACUCGUCCCGCCAGUCCAAGUGGCUGCUCCGUAUCAUCCUUAGUCGACCUAAGCUCCUUGAUAAGGGUCUUACGGUGCAGGAUGUUGCGACCAGGAUUAAACAGGCCUACCCCAAGGAUAUUGCUGUCCUCUUCAGCGAUAAUAACGCUGAUGAGCAAGUUAUUCGUAUCCGACAGAUCCAGGACCACAAAGAAGAUGAGGAUGAUGACGAUAUUGAGUAUGAUGUCACAUUGAAAAAGUUGGAGCAACAUCUUUUGGAUACCUUGACUCUUCGAGGUGUUCCUGGAGUGGAGCGCGCAUUUAUCAAUGAGAAGGCCAAGGUCCGGGUCCUCGAAGACGGGUCACUGUUAUCAAGCAAGACCGAUCCCCUCUGCAAGGAGUGGGUGCUUGAAACAAGUGGCUCAUCUCUUGGCGAAGUUUUGGCUCUUCCAGGUGUCGAUGCUUCUCGGACAUACUCCAACCAAUUUAUUGAGGUGUUCGAAGUUUUCGGUAUCGAGGCUGCCCGAACGGCUGUUCUUCGCGAGUUGACACAAGUGCUGGCUUUCGACGGAUCUUAUGUCAACCACCGUCACUUGGCUCUUUUGGUCGAUGUCAUGACUGUGCGAGGUUACUUAACCCCUGUCACUCGUCAUGGUAUUAACCGUGCUGAUAAUGGUGCGCUUAUGCGUUGCUCUUUUGAAGAGACAGUGGAAAUUUUGCUUGAGGCUGCUGCGUUUGGAGAGCUUGAUGAUUGUCGUGGUGUGUCAGAGAACUUGAUCCUGGGACAAAUGGCACCCGCUGGUACUGGAGAAUUUGAUGUCUACCUUGACCAGAAUAUGCUGAAUACUGUGGUCUCAAACAAUGCUCGCUUUGGAGUGAUGGGAGCCCUUGGUGCCAAGGACGCUAUUAUCUCCGAUGGCGCUGCGACACAGUAUGAUACUGGCUCGCCUAUGCAGGAGAAUGCCUAUAUCGGUACACCUGAUCCAGACUCGAACUUUUCUCCUAUUCGCCAAGCAGGUGCUGAGACCCCUGGUGGUUUUACUGAAUACCAGCCUACUGGUGGCUUUGGUGGCGGCUUUAGUCCUGCCGCUACUAGUCCGGCUGGGUACUCUCCAAGCAGUCCCUUCAGCGCUAACCCGACAUCUCCUGGCUAUUCUCCAACUUCCAGUUACUCACCUACCUCCCCUGGUAUGGGUAUCACGAGCCCUCGUUUCAUGACGUCUCCCGGAUUCUCGCCUUCUAGUCCGUCGUUUGCGCCGACUUCGCCCGCCUACUCACCCACGUCGCCAGCAUAUGGCCAGGCGUCUCCGACUUCACCGUCGUACUCUCCAACGUCGCCUGGAUUCUCACCAACCUCGCCCAACUAUAGCCCUACUUCACCAAGCUUUAGCCCCGCGUCUCCUGCUUUCAGCCCAACCUCGCCAAGCUACAGCCCUACGAGCCCGGCUAUUGGUGGUGCUCGACACUUGUCUCCCACUUCACCAACGUCUCCUAAAUAUACACCUACAUCACCCGGGUGGUCUCCUACUAGCCCCCAAACAUACUCACCAACAUCUCCCAACUUUGCUGGCUCACCGACAUCACCAGGCGGCCCAACAUCCCCUGGCUAUAGUCCGACGUCGCCGGCUUUCAGUCCUACGUCUCCUCGCCAGUGAAGUUGAAACCUUAAUGUUCAGGUUGACUUCUGCUGUAUCAUUGUACUAUCACUUUUGCAUCCAGACUCCCCUGAAAACAAGAAAAGAAAACACAUAUUGCAUUUCUGCUGCGGAAUUGGUUGGUUAUAUCUCUCACAAUUUGGGCGCGUUCAGCCUUUUAACUCUUUUACUAUUUUCCCUACUUCCUUCUUCCCCUUUCUUCUUAAUGUAUGCGGUUUUUUUUUUAUGCCCCAUUCCCAAGGUCUUGUCGACUCUAUAGUCUCUGAGCCAACCUGGUGAAAUUGCAAACGAAUUCUUACGGGUUGGUAACGUUUUCACGUUUUCGUUUCUUAUUCUGAAGAACCCUA